AACGUGAGAGAUUUUCUAUGCAAAGGAGAUUAAUUAUUCACAUCCUAUCCUGAAUAUAAGAAAGAAAUGUAUAAUAAUAACGUAAUGUAAUGGUUGUUGAUCCCAUGCAGAUUUAAAUUAAGUAUAGUAUAAUUGUACGCAUCACACAAAUCUCAAUUGUUGUACAUGUACACGUGAUUGCGUGUGUAUCAUGAGCAUCAACAUUAGAGUCAUCGUCAUAAUGAUAUAGUUAGCACUCGCUCUUCCAUUGUCCAAAAAGAUUCUAGCCAGGGGUCCCACUCUCACUGCGACUAAUUUCCAGAGUAACACUUUCCGCGCCAAAGAAAAGAACCCAACACAGUUACGAUUCUUCUUCAAUCACAGCAAUGGCGGUUGACGAUCGGUUCACAGAUUUAAACCCUAAAACGUGUGUCGUUUUAGGCGGCAGAGGAUUCCUAGGAAGAUCGUUAGUCUUGAAGCUUUUAAAACUCGGUAACUGGAUCGUCCGUGUUGCCGAUUCAACUCACUCCCUUCAACUUCACAACUCCGAGUCUCUCCUCUCCGAAGCUCUCUCUUCUUCUCGCGCCUCUUACUUCCAUCUCGACCUUACCGAUAAACACCGCAUCGUCAAAGUUCUAGAAGGUUCUUCCGUCGUUUUUUAUAUGGAUGUUGAUGGUUCCAAUAAUAGCAAUGAUUUCUUCAGUUGCUAUAAGCUUAUAGUUCAAGGUGCGAAGAAUGUGAUUGGUGCUUGCAGAGAAUGUAAAGUGAAACGCUUAAUAUACAACAGUUCUGCAGAUGUUGUAUUUGAUAGUCUGCAUAAUGGAGAUAAAUCAAUGGCAUAUCCGUGGAAAGUUGAUAACAUGCUAAUUGACCUUAAGGCUCAAGCAGAAGCUUUGAUUUUGAAUGCUAAUGACAUUGAUGGAGUGUUGACAUGCUCACUUCGUCCUAGUAAUGUAUUUGGUCCUGGUGACACAGAGUUUGUGCCACAGUUUCUAAAGUUAGCAAGAUAUGGUUUUGCUAAGUUUAUUAUAGGGACUGGUGAUAAUCUGGCAGACUUCACUUUUUAUGAGAAUGUUACUCAUGCCCAUAUCUGUGCAGAAGAAGCCUUAAAUUUCCAAACAGUUUCUGUAGCUGGAAAGGCAUUUUUUAUUACGAAUCUUGAGCCUAUGAAGUUCUGGGAAUUUCUCUCACUUUUAUUGGAAGGUCUCGGAUAUCAAAGAAAUACUUCCUUUAAUUGCAGGCCAUCCAUCAAACUUCCUGCCAAUUUAGUGCAAUACCUUCUCUCAGUUUUAAAGUGGUUACAUGAAAAGUUGGGACCCAGAUGCUUCAAUUAUCCUUUAUUAGUUCAUUUUUUUCAGUUAGCUUUGCACACCCGAACUUUCAGCUGUGCAGCUGCUCAAAAAGAUAUUGGAUACUCACCGAUAGUCUCCCUUGAGGAAGGUGUCACAUUAACCAUAGACUCAUUCUCUCAUUUAGCUAGAGAUGCUUACAUUUCAAGAUGCUGCGGGAGUGUUGAUCGGUCAAAAGCAGAUAUGCUGCUUGGCAGUGGAAAAGUGGCCGACAUUUUGUUGUGGAGAGACGAGAAGGCAUCCUUCACAUGUUUCCUUGGGCUAUUUUUUUUGUUUUAUUGGUUUUUCCUUUCUGGAAGCACUUUUAUAUCAUCUUCUGCCAGGCUUUUGCUGCUUGCCACUUUACUUCUAUGUGGACAUGGUUUUCUGCCAUCAAAGCUCUUUGGUUUCCCUAUACAGAAGGUGCCUGUGUCUAAUUUCAAGAUCUCUAAUACAGCGGUGAAAGAUUUAGUUGCAAUAACUGUACAUCUAUGGAACAAGGGGUUUCAAGAUAUAAAGGGACUUGCCCAAGGCGACGAUUGGUCUGCAUUUUUCAAGGUUGCAGUUUUUCUUUACCUUCUGAAGUUGGUCCUGUCAAAGUUGUUGACAACAUUGAUAGGCAUAGGUCUGGUCUUUGCAUUUAUGGUGUUCUUUGUUUAUGAGCAAUAUGAAUCAGAAAUUGAUGGAUUAUUGGAUAUUCUAAUCACUUGUUUGAAGGAGUUCAUGAUAUAUUUGAUGAGAAUUUUACCUGUUUCUGCAUCGCGGCUUCUGCAUUAUCAUGAUAACUUUCAGAGUUACCAAGUACCAGGGUUGGGGAAAGAUCUGAGAUAGCCAAGGAGGUUUCAGCUUAGCUCUGCGAUCUUGGACAUCAAAUAGGCUAUUAGGAAUGCCCUCUCUCCUUCGUUCUAUCUUCUGUAAUUACAAUUGAACUAGUGAGUUAGGCUGAAGAUGUUGCUGUUCGAAAUUAUUGCGGUACUGUUUUAAUGGACGAGUUAUUAACAAAUAUAAGGAUUGAUGAUUCAUUGACAUCAAUGGUCAUGCAGAAGGAACAUGCAAUUCUCUAUUGCCAGAAUAACAUCUUGAGUCUGGGUUUAUGAUAUAUGUAUCAUGUAUGUAAUGUAAUCAUUUCUUUAAAUAGUUGUAUAAAAUUGCUUUUAGUUUUGAGUGUAUUUUUGCCUUUAUAAAAUGUGCAUUUCAUUUGUUUUGGACCU